UAACUCAAAACAUUACCAGAAGAGACCCAUGGUGGCCAUUAUAGUUUCCAUCAAAAAAUUAUUCAUCAUUAUAAACAUUUAACCCAUUCUGUUAUGAUUCUAUUGUUUUUCAUCAGGUCUUUAUAGUCUAAUAUUGUCAAAAUCGGAUUAAAUGUCGUUCAACACAAUUUCGCUCCUGUUCACUAGAGGGCGCUGUUGACUCACGAGCGCAUGAGAUUGACCGACGCAGCGGAUACUGACAGGGAAGCAAAAUGGCGACUGGCAUGGCAGGAAAGAACACCGUUGUUAUCUCAUCUGUGCUGCUCCAAAUUCUUCUGUAUCUGUCAGCAGUUUACAGUGUGUUGUACUUUCUGUCCACCCUCUCCAUGAUCAUCUACAAGACUGAAGUGUUGAGUUACCCUGAAGGGCAGCUCACUCUAGAUGUGUGUCUGCUGUUUCUCAUGGCUGGUCUGGAGGUCCUGAGGGUCUACUGGGGGGUCAGAGGAAACCUACAGGAGAGCGAGGGCUACCUGGGUCUGAAUCUGAUCGCCACGGGGGCCACGGUGCUGUUGGCGCUUUAUUACCUCAUUUGGCAGUCGUAUGUGCUGCGAGCUGAUGUCAUCAUUGGUGCCAUUCUGCUCUGCUUGUAUGGCUUUACAGGAAUUGUGGGGUUCGGGGCUCUGGCACGCUUCACAAGUUAUUCCUGACGCUGACUCAUCACAUCUGCUUGGCUACAGUUGAAGAUUGUUAGGGAUAUAGACUACAUAUCCCACAAUGCACCACAUCAUCUGCUGCAAACUAUGAAGCCAUGAGGAGGUGCCAGAGAUUAGUUGCUAUGCAACGUUUUAUUUUCUUACAUGUAAGUGUAAACAUAGCUAAUGAACCGUUUGUAUUUGUUCGGGGUGUUUUUGUAAAUAAACUCAUUAACUUUAAGUCAGUUGAUAAUUAACUCUUCAUGAAUUACACACUGCACAAAUGCAUAAAGAAUGUUCUAUGUACUAUGAAUGAAACCCAUCGCGCAGUUUGUUGCUCUUCUAAAUGUUUUACUUCAGUUUUGACUUAUAAUUUUUGCAGUGCAUGUGAUAAAACAGGUAUCAGAAUAUCUUGUAAACAUGGGUGUUAUUUGGUUUUGUCCAGUAAACAACCCCUCACACCAUCCUAGCAAUGUGAAUUGCUGUUUGCAAUAUGCAGUUUUCUCAAGAGAAUUUGAAAAUUUUAGUUUACGUUUUAUUUGCUUUAGGCUUACGGUAAACAUAGCUGUUUCUCUGUGAGUUCUUUACAUCUUUGUUGUUGUUUUACUAAGGUAAGUGUUUCUCCAGUAGGGGGCGUCUAUUUGGCAUGUUAUUGGUUUAAUUGUAGUGUGCCAGUCUGUGCUUGCACAGUACAUGAUUUAUUGUUUAAAAUCGUUCAACUGUCAUAUGAUAUGAUGUUUUUUCCUUUGAAAAAUUACUCUAGUGACCCGACGUUGACCCUAUUUGUAAACUGUAUAUUUGCCACAUGUAAAUUUCUCUCUGUUCUACAGGAGAUCAAAUGCCCGGUUUCAGCAGACCUCAAACAACCAGGUUUUAGCAUUUCAGAAUAUAUAACUACUUAUAGUAAUCUUAUUAUGCAUUCUUUUGGGUGGAUUUCAAGGGCAGACUUAACAGAAUAUGCUCUUUUUCAGCGGUUAAGUUAAUCCUGGGAAAGUGAUAGGUUUUAGGUGUCACAGUUUUGCCCUCUGAUGUUAAUUAUAAACCAAAAAUUCAAGGUUCCCAAAGUCAAACAUUCCACUGGCUUGUGUGCAUGUACUGUAGAUCAGCAACCAGUCUGCAUGCCAGUGGAUUUAAACAUCCUUUGUGUGUUUGUGUUUAGAAAACAAGUCUUUCUGUUGGGCUUUGGUUCGUCAGGAUGUGGUAAUAUUUAGGUGUAGCUCCUCAAACUUAUUGUCUUAGUGUAGUUAUUGACUUAAUAAUUAUUGUGAAAACUCAUUUAACCUGAUUUAAGAGUUAACAGAAAGAAAGAAGUUUGUUUGUCAUGCUCCAAAUCCAGUGACAUUCAAACCUGUCUGAUGUUCCACCCUGUUGCUCCUCUUUCACGUCAUUCUUUAAAAAAGACUCCUUGAUUGCACAGGGUUACAGAAUUGGACCAGUUACUGGAAUUUGCUUACGAGUCAGUUGGUUGGUAAAUACUCCUACAAACGUUAUGUACCUAUGUAUAACCCCAGAACAACAUGCGUAUUUAGGUAAUAUAAGUAGCCUAUAAUAUAUAUAUGUUACAAGUUUUCAUUCAAUAACAUACGUCAGUUAAUAAUAAGCAAUAUAUUUAUAGAGCCUUUACAUUUUUUGUUACUGUAGUUAAUAUCACUUGAUAUUGUUGAAUUCAUAUUUUGUU